UUCUCACGUCAUUUUCAUAUCACUCUCAGGCACAGGCACUGCAGACUCUCCGGUCACUCUUCUUCUUCUUCUUCUUCUUCUUCUUCUCCGGUCUCUGGGCUGGGCUGGGAUUGAGGACUGGGAGCAUAAAUUGGGGAUUUCUCUAAUAUUCGGUUUAGGUUUCACUCCUUAAUUAGCUGGUUCUUUGGCAAAGGAAGGAAGGAGGAGCAAGACACUGGAUCUGACCAACAAUCAACCUUCUCUUCUUCUUCUUCUUCUUCUUCUUCUUCUACCCAAAGAGCAGGAGCAGCCGCCAGCCGCCAUGGCCAUGACCAACAACAAAUCGGGAUAGCCCGCCCAACCCCAACCAGAUAGAUGGCAGCAGCGUCCCCGUCGGUCGCCACCUCGCCCACCUCCUCCAACUCCAAACCCAAUGCAACACCGGCUGACACCACCUCUUCUUCUCCACCUCCCGCCUCCCCACCGCUUGCUGCCUCGCCGCCUCCACUCGCUCCUCCCAAGUCUUCACCUCCACCUUCCGAGGCUGCCCCGCCCAGAAAUUCACCGCUUUCUAAGCCGCCAAGGCACUCGCCACCAGCUCCGCCGCCAGCUCCGGCGCCAGCAGCAGCGCAGUCCCCGUCCCCUUCCGACGCUCCUCCUCCUGCUCCCACCCUGCCAUCACCACCGACCAAUCACAAGCCACUGCCUGCACCUGCCACUGCUGCUGACCCGGCCGACUCCAACACGGCCAAACACUCCAGCUCCAACAAAUCCUCCAGCCCUGCUGGUCGAUCCGGUAACUCAUCACCGACCAACGGCCUAAGUGCUAGCACUACUGCCGUCAUAGGUGUCGGCGCAGUGAUUGCCAUCCUUGUACUUAGCUUUGUAGGAGCUGCUAUUUGGUACACAAAGAAACGUCGGAGGGAUACUAAUGGUUACCGUGCUGGGUUCAUGUCACCUACUUCGCCCUUGUCUUCUCAGCAACCAUCAGGUGGCUCGGCAGAUGUAGAAUCGUCAUUUGAUCCUUCUUUGAAAACAAACUAUAGUGCUGGAAGUCCCAAACUGAAAGCAUGCAUGUCUGAUAUUAGCAUGGGCAAUUCCCGAUUCUUCACAUACGAAGAACUGUACCAGAUUACUGAUGGUUUCUCAGCUCAAAAACUGCUGGGGGAAGGAGGGUUUGGGUCUGUAUAUAAGGGUCACUUACCAGAUGGGAAAGAAGUGGCUGUUAAGCAACUAAAAGAUGGUGGUGGACAAGGGGAACGUGAAUUCCAGGCAGAAGUGGAGAUAAUCAGUCGUGUACAUCACCGCCAUUUGGUCUCUCUUGUGGGAUAUUGCAUUUCCAAUGACCAAAGGUUGCUCGUCUACGACUUUGUGCCUAACAACACCCUUCAUUAUCAUCUUCAUGGACAUGGGAGGCCUGUUCUAGAUUGGUUGGCUAGGGUUAAAAUUGCUGCUGGUGCUGCUCGUGGAAUAGCAUAUCUGCAUGAAGAUUGCCAUCCAAGGAUAAUUCACCGAGACAUCAAAUCCUCAAACAUUUUGUUGGAUAAUAACUUUGAGGCACAUGUGGCUGAUUUUGGUCUUGCGAGGUUGGCUCUGGAUGCUGUAACUCAUGUAACUACCCGUGUAAUGGGGACAUUUGGGUACAUGGCUCCAGAAUAUGCAUCGAGCGGAAAAUUAACUGAGAGAUCUGAUGUAUUCUCUUUUGGUGUUGUUCUCUUAGAGCUUAUCACUGGUAGAAAACCUGUUGAUGCAUCAAGGCCAUUGGGUGAUGAGAGCCUUGUUGAGUGGGCUAGACCAUUGCUUACGCGGGUUAUUGAGACAGGUAAUUUGGAAGAGUUGGUUGACCCGAGGCUUGGGAGGAGCUUCAAUGAGGUUGAAAUGUUCCGUAUGAUUGAAGCUGCAGCAGCCUGUGUACGAUAUUCAGCAUCAAGAAGGCCCAAAAUGAGUCAGGUGGUGCGAGCUCUAGAUAGCUUAGCUGAUAUUGAUCUAACAAAUGGCGUUCAGCCGGGGCAGAGCGAGCUUUUCAAUGUGGCGAACACAGCAGAGGUUAGGAUGUUCCAGCGGAUGGUGUUGGGCAACCACGAUGACAGCUCCGACCUGAGCCAAUACGGUUGGAGCAGCAGUCGCCAGUAGAGGAAACGGUCUUCGUCUGCGUCUCGCGGCUCCCGCCUAACACGUACUAUAGAAGACCAGAGCACAUCGUUUUAGAAUGUCUUGCCUGACCAAAAUGCCUUGGUUAUUUCCAGGCCAUCAGAUUUGACUGUAAGACGAGGUCUUUUCUGUAUUAUGUAAUCGUGCUUCAUCUGGCUCAAUCAUGCAUGUUCUCUUGAUUUGAGUACCAUCAUCAGCACAAAGGGCAAAUUGGUGCAUCAACCAAAUUAGAAAAAGAAUCAGUGCAUCGAUCUUUAUUCUACUAAAUAAAUGUUAUCGUGUGAUGAUCAAGGAACAAAACAAACAAGAUUGUAUGCGCCUCCGCUCCAAUGUACAUGUUGUCCUAUGACUGAUUAUAAGCAAGUAGAGUAGUACAAUUUGAUCUAGUGUAUACAGUUGGGAAGGCUGCUACAGCUACUGUUAGAUUUAUGAAAUUGGUUUGAUUUGUACACGAGAAAAAGAUGCAAAAAUGAUGGUGUUAGA